CCGACCCGCGGCGCCUUCAUCGUGCUCGAGGGCCUCGACCGCUCCGGCAAGAGCACACAGGCCGACAUCCUCGUGCAGCGCUUCAAGGACGCAGGCUCCCCCGUCAAGCUCAUGAAGUUCCCCGACAGAACGACCCCGAUCGGCAAGAUGAUCGACUCGUACCUGCGCUCGCAGUCCGAGCUCGACGACCACGCCGUCCACCUCCUCUUCUCCGCCAACCGCUGGGAGCUCGCAUCCGCCAUCGAGGCCACGCUGCGCGCCGGCACCGCCGUCGUCUGCGACCGCUACGCCUUCUCCGGCAUCGCCUUCUCCCACAGCAAGAGCGAGAGCGCGGACCCCGCCGCGCGCACGCUCACCUACGAGUGGUGCCGCGCGCCGGACGCCGGGCUCCCCGCGCCGGACCUCACGCUCUUCCUCGACGUGCCGCCCGCGGCCGUGCGCGCGCGCGGCGGCUUCGGCGACGAGCGCUACGAGCGCGCGGACGUGCAGGCGCGCGUG